AUGUCGCUCCCAAUCCCCCGAGAGCCUCGGCCAAUCCCCCUCGAAGAGAUUCCAGCACCGCCGUCAUCGCUCUGGGACAGAUUAUCGACAUGGGCGAGCGAACAUAAGGGUGUGGUCUAUACCAUCGCGGGUGUGACGCUGGUGGUGACUGCUGCGGGAACGAUAUACUACCUGUCUGAUAGCGGGAAAGGCGCGACGACGCCGGGGACGCCCUCGAAGAGGAAGAGCAAGAAGGAUCGCAAGAAGGCGAAGAAGGAGGCGGAGGAACCUGCAAAAGAGGAGCCCAAGACAGAGGCGAAAAAGCCUUCAGUGACAGUCGAGACUGAGGAUGAAUUGCCCCAGGUGGAUGAGAGCACUGUUGGCGCGCUGACCGUUGAGGAGCGCAAAGACUACGCGGCGAAGCUCAAGGCUGCCGGUAACAAGGCCUAUGGCUCUAAGGACUACAACAAGGCCAUCGAUCUCUAUGGGAAAGCCAUUCUAUGCAAACAGGACCCUGUCUUCUACUCCAACCGUGCCGCUUGCUGGAAUGCCAUGUCGGAUUGGGAUAAGGUCAUCGAGGAUACAACUGCGGCUAUCAACUUGGACAACGAAUACGUGAAGGCGUUGAACCGGCGAGCGAACGCAUACGAGCAGGUCGACCGAUUUAGCGAGGCCCUACUUGAUUAUACCGCUAGCUGCAUCAUCGAUGGGUUCCGCAACGAAUCGAGCGCCCAGAGCGUUGAGAGGCUUCUUAAGAAGGUCGCAGAAGCCAAAGGUCGCGCUAUCCUGGAAGGCAAGGAGAAGAAGCUUCCCAGUCCCACGUUUGUCACAAACUAUCUACAGAGUUUCCGGCCCAAGCCCCCACCAGCAGGACUGGAAGAGGACGAGCAGCUCGCCGUGGACUCUGGGCCAGGGCAAUUGAGGAUUGGGCUCAUCGGCCUGAGCAAAAAGACGGCAGAGGGAUAUGCGGAUGCUGCAGAUGCCUUUGACGAGGCCCUGAAGUAUGACGAUAACGGAGAGUACGAGGCGUUCGCGUACAACAUGCGAGGAACUUUCCGGUACCUGAAGGGAGAUAACCAGGACGCACUAGCAGACUUAACCAGGUCUGUAGAGCUGGACCCGUCGUUGACACAGAGCUUCAUCAAGCGCGCGAGCAUGCAUCUGGAACUAGGCAAUAGGGACGCAGCCGCACAGGAUUUUGAGCAAGCGAUGGAGCAGAACAAGGAAGAUCCCGACAUCUACUACCACCGUGCCCAGCUUCACUUUAUUCUCAGCGAGUUCGCGGAAGCGGCCAAGGACUAUCAGAAAUCUAUCGAUCUCGACAAGGACUUCAUCUUCUCACACAUUCAGCUCGGCGUCACACAGUACAAGAUGGGAUCUAUUGCGUCAUCAAUGGCCACGUUCCGACGAUGCAUGAAGAAUUUUGAUAAGGUCCCAGAUGUGUACAACUACUAUGGCGAGCUUCUGCUAGACCAGCAAAAGUACCAGGAGGCCAUCGAGAAGUUUGAUACUGCUGUGGACAUGGAGAAGGCCACUAAGCCUCUUGGAAUGAACGUUUUGCCCCUCAUUAACAAGGCUCUCGCGCUGUUCCAGUGGAAGCAGGAUUUCUCGGAGGCGGAGAAGCUCUGCCAGAAGGCCUUGAUCAUUGAUCCGGAGUGCGAUAUUGCUGUGGCCACGAUGGCCCAGCUCCUCCUGCAGCAAGGCAAGGUCACAGACGCUCUAAAAUACUUUGAGCGGGCAGCAGAGCUGUCGAGGACGGAGGGUGAGAUUGUGAACGCUCUUUCAUACGCCGAGGCUACCCGGACUCAACUUGAGGUAAGUUCUUUUUAAUGAACUAUUCUCUAUUUUUACGAACAAUUGGCUUACCCUCUCUUCACAGGUCCAAGAAAAGUACCCACAACUAGCUGCCAAGCUCCACGGCAUGAUGCCCGGAGGUGCGCUGCGGUAAGCAGGAAGUAGAAUUCGCAUCUCCUGCCGAGAGCAUAAAAAAUCCUAAUAUUUCGGGCACGUUAAUCUGGUUGCCCGCGACUGCCCCCCCUUUUCAACCUGUAUUUAUCCAUCUCUUCUCUUGCUUGAUAGCGAGACCUUAUCCUUAGGUCGGCCGUGGUGUUGGGUUGCUCCUUUGCGUGUGCUUAGCUGGACUGUUUGGCGGAUAUGGGUCUGAGUGGCACCGUGUGGUAAGCGGGUAGACGAGUGAUGAUACAUGGGAGGAUAUG